UCUUCUGAAAACACAUAAAACUUAAAGUAAAACAUGCUGUAGAGUCAGAGGGAUAAAGCUCGUUUUGAGUAUAGCGAGCGUUUAAACUGCAAAUAUGUUUUUCAGAAGAGGCAGUUAACAUUCUCCUCUCAGUCGUUUCAGCGGUCCAAUUUGACAAAAACGCCUCGUUAGAGAUGCGUACAUUAGUUUAAAUUAUUGUCCCGUGUGAGAUAGUUGACACUAAUUUUUUAUGUCUUGAAGAUCUCGGGCUUCAAAAGUUUUUCAGUGGCUUUGUAGUGCGGACGUGUUGUGAAAAAUAUUAUCGUUUCAAAUUAAACAUCUACUGUACAAUCGUUUAAGUAAAAUACCUAAAGUGUAAAACAUUAAAAAUAUUGUUUUUUAUAAAAACUCCCAACUCAACUAUCGGUGAUAUAAACAUGGACUCAACAAGCAGCAACGAAACAAUGGAAUUAGAUGAGACAAGAACAGACACACCAAAACCCGAUAAAAUAGAAAACAAAUUGCCAUUCUCAAUCGAAAACCUCUUAGCUGACAAGUUUGUCAGAAGCGAAAGCAUAUCCGACAAUGCUGCUUCAGAAACAAGUGGAUCGAAUGAUUAUUUAGCUGAAGAUCCAGUCCAGAACAUUGCAGGUCAAACUGAAGGUUCAGAUAGUGAUGAUGAUGAUGCUGUUAGUACACAGAGCUCGGAACACGUUGAUGUGGAAAGUGGGGCGAUGGGAGACACGCAGGACUCGGCGGAACAUAGCUACCAACAGUCUGGCUCAUCCCGCAGCAAGCGAGCUCGCACGGCGUUCAGCGCGCAGCAGAUCAAGAGCCUCGAGGCCGAGUUCGAGAAGAACCGGUACCUGUCCGUGGCGGCGCGGGGGCGCCUGGCGCGGCAGUUGCGGCUUACGGAGACACAGAUAAAAAUAUGGUUCCAAAACCGUCGCACAAAAUGGAAGAGGAAAUACACAAACGACGUUGAACUACUCGCCCAGCAAUACUACAGCAGUUUGGGCAUUGUCACACCGCGGCCUAUGUUCGUGGGCGACCGCCUCUGGAUCUUCAACUGUCCUAGCCGAAUACCACCAGCGCAACAGCAACAGUGGAUGAAAUCUAUCAGCAACAUCGCAAACGUAAACACGCCCGCGCAAAUCAUCGACCGGAGUGUGUACAGGACCUUACCAAAACCUAUUCCGCCUUAUGGUAUCGGAACGCACCCUAUGAUGGCGGGAAACCCUAAUGUCAAACUUCCCGCGCAAAACAGAAUGUUUCCGCGCGAGGUUUUCAACAUGGCGGCGCAAGGGAGUGUGGAUGGUUACAGAAAUAAUAUUCUGAGCCACAGCAGUCCACCGCAGGAGGCUAAUGUGGAUCACCUUAGGAGAUUAGAAGAGAAUUUCAGUAUUUGAGUUAGUAUGAUAAGACUUU